AUGGCUCAUCUAGAAGCGCGAAAGCACAUAUCGCCGGAUUCCGGGUUUCCCAUCACGCUCCAUCCACACUUCAACGACAAAAUUAAGAAUCACAUCCCUCCGGAACCCUUGCGCGAACCAUUCACCCCACCUCUGGAUCGAGCUUUCUUCGCGGACCCGGAAAAGCAAGCAUUGUUCUCUGUUGCAAAGCGAGUGGAUUUGACCGAAUCACUUGGCACUGUUCUGGAAAAUGUCCAGUUGAGCCAUUUAAAUGAAACCCAGCUUGAUGAGCUGGCACUUCUGGUUAAUGAACGAGGAGUUGUCUUCUUCCGCGAUCAAGAUCUUACUACCGAGAAGCAAGUGGAGUUGUUCCAACACUAUGACAGACACCCUGCUCAAAAGGAUCAAAAAUUUGUUAAUAUCCAAGGAAGUCGAGAGGAUCACCGGGAGAUCCUGAGUUACACACCAUGGGCUAGCGGAGACUUCCACGCCGAUACAUCAUUUGAGAUCAACCAAUGGAAGAACACCCUGAUGUCGGAGGAGAUACAGCUUGGGUCUCACAAUAUGGUCUUUAUGACGCCCUUAGCGAUGCAUACAAAAGAUUUCUCGAUGCUAGAUGAUACAAUCUUGGAUUUAUGGGGCGCUGGCCCUAACCGCCCUCCAAUCGAUACCCAUCACCCAGCUGUGCGAACCCACCCCGUCACGAAGCUCAAGGCACUGAACGUGAAUCCGGGAUUUGUUACUGGCUUUGCGGAACUCAAGAAAGCGGAAUCGGAUAAGGUUCUCGACUUUCUGGCAUAUCACAUCCACUCGGCCGAUGAUCACUAUGUCCGGUGGAAGUGGGCUGUUGGUAGCGUUGCUAUGUGGGAUAAUCGAUGUACUCUCCAUCGAGUCAUCCCUGGCACGUAUAAGGGGCUGAGACGCGGCAUCAGAACAACUGUUUUUGGAGAACAGCCGUACUUCGAUCCAGACAGUGAGAGUCGUGUGGCUCGCAAAUUGCGUGAAGAAAACGACAGUGGCAAUGGCAGCAACCUUGAAUAG